AUGAAGUUUUCAAGAAACAAAAAACACAAGCAUAAAUUGAAUAACUUAAAGAAGAAAAAAAUUAAAAAGUUUAUUAACAAAAAUGCUGAGUACCUGGCUCUAGCUGAAAACAACAAGGUUUCAAAUCUAGAGACUAUUUCUGAUCUUGAAGAUAUUCAGUUUCAGGCGGUUUUGGUGAAACCUAAAAUUUCUUUGGCUCAAGCUAUUGUAAUAUCUAAACAAAGGAGAGAUCGUAAAAAGCUUGAGUUUGAUAUUGAUAAUAUCUGUGAUCAGCUUCAGGAGAAUAUUCUUCACAGAGAUGAGAAUGUCGGAAAGGUGGAGUUCCCCAUCAUAGAGAACCUGAGCAAACACAUCAGCCACCUGGCCAUACAACCAGCCAACCUACCAAACACAAACCAGCCAACCAAUUCAAUUAAACGACGGAAAAAAAAGAAAAAGUAGUU